AGGCCUUUUCUUAGCCCACGCGUGACACCAUCAUCCGAUCAGGUGUGAAUACUCCCUCGAUAUUUCACUGCGUCUUCAGCUCAGGACCAACCGAGCGCCGACAACAUGAAGCUCGUGGGCAAGAAGGAGCAAGCCUACGCGUCGCUGGACAUGGAGUCGCCGCAUGCAGCUCCCGUACGUCGUAGCAGCCCCAACCUUUCCAGCGUGCAGCUGUCUCCCUCGGGUGCCUCCACGAUCUCCAUCAACUCAGAGCGUAGCAACGUUUUCAGCCGCGACGAUGACUGCGGUCGACCUUAUUACAAUAACGUAGCCAACGAUAUCCUCGCGGCGCUGGACGGACCUGUACGGCAACUGGCGUUCGAGACCAAAGGCGCAUUGCUUGCGACAGGGUGAGCAGAAUACUGAAGUUGCACGCCAUGGAAAAACCUGUAUACUGAUAUUUCUCUGGUAUGUUUGCGUCAAUAUUACAGAUUGGCAGCCACGUUUUACUUGUUAGCUUGGUUUCAGGCGGUGCUGAUCCCCUUUUUCCUUGCCAUUUUUCUGAUGUGAGUAGGCUGAAAGGCAGCAUUUUUCUCGUGGAUAUGGAGUUGACAUGUCUGAACUUGCUCUUUAUUGCAGGUACCUAGUGGAUCCACUAGUGGAGGUGAUCGAUGUAUCACCCAAGUAUUUCCUCUGCGUGUGCACAUCGCGGGGUCGCCAUGCUCGUCGGAAGUCUCGAGGUUGCUCGCGUGCGUUUGCGUCGCUCGUGGCGGUCAGCUUGGUGUGUGUUUUCUUCGGACUGCUGGGCUACAUCACUGUGCUUUCGGUCCACGCACUGGAUGCGAGCGCUUACCAGACUGGUUACAACCACUUGGUUUCAGGUGUGGAGCAUAUUCUCGACCAGAUUGGACUCCCAGUGAACAUUACGACAACGCUGCAUGACAACGUUGACAAGGUGGCGCGCAUAGUGGUCACGGAGACGAUGGAUCUGCUGUCCGUGAUGUUUGUGACACUGAUCUAUCUCACGUAUUUCCUAUGCACACGCACUCGUGCAAGUGAUGCGGGUGGUGUCUGGUCCAAGAUCGACCACGAUAUCCAGCGGUUUGUGACGUUGAAGUGCUUCCUCUCACUGUUCGUGGCUCUGCUGGUGACGAUCGUAUACGUUUCGCUGAACGUUGGACUGGCCAUUGUAUGGGGCAUACUAACGUUCAUCUUGAACUGGAUCCCCAACGUUGGCGCUAUGAUCGCGUCUGUUGCACCAAUCUGCAUUAUUGCCAUCACUCCGUCCGACCUGAUGAACCCCAUGGAAAAGUUCAUGGCCAUGUUUCUUCCGAUGUGCUUUCACAUGUUCGUGGGCAACUUCGUGGAGCCCAAGGUUUUCGGCAAAAAGCUCGAGAUCGACCCGGUGAUCGUGAUCCUGUCGCUUUCGGCGUGGGGUCUUCUAUGGGGCGUUGUGGGCAUGAUGCUGUCCGUACCGCUCACGGCCGCAGCCAAAAUUAUGCUCAGCCAUCUCAAAUUAUGGCCCGAGUUUGUGGCGCUAGUAGAAGGAACGUACUUCACACGGUUCGGCAACAAGGCCGGCAGAUAUAAGAAGGAGGAGGACGAUCAGAAGGAUUUUGAAACUAUGGAAGUGCGGACAGAAAGCGAAAAGGAUCGUGCAAAUGGCAGCCACAUGCGGGCAUAACAAUUCUAAAAAAGGUAGCAGCAUUUUUUCUCUAUUAUUUAUUUAUUUAUUCUAUCCUGCGUCUGCUGU